AUGGUAUUAGGAAGCGAUGUCAUUCCCCAAGUGUUACUCCCAGGCCUAAAAACCAAUGUCGGUGGAAGUUUGAUAGCCCAAAACUCAAUAUUUGGGUGGAUUUUGAGCGGCCCACUGACGGAGCAAGUAUCAUCAUUCUCAACCCAGGUAGUUGAAAGCACAACAAACUCUCUCAAUGAUCUGCUCAAGAAGUUCUGGGAUCAGGAGGAAGUACCAGCAACCCCAUCCCUCACUGACGAUGAUGUAUUUUGUGAAGAUCUCUAUCAAAAGUCCACAACUCGCAGAGAUGACGGUCGUUACGUGGUAAAACUUCCGUUUAAAACUACUUUCCCGGACACGAUUGCACUCGGACACUCCAAGCCUGCAGCACAACAACAAUAUCUCAGUAUCGAGCGAUCGCAUGAAAGGAAGCCGGAACUGCAACAAACAUACUCGAAGGUCCUUGAAGAAUACCUCACAUUAGGUCACAUGGAACCCACAUCGUCCCGAGAAAUAAUACGUGAAGGCAAAUAUUUUUCAUUCUACCUACCCCACCACGCAGUAAUAAAGCCACAUAGUGAAACUACCAAGGUGCGAGUAGUUUUCAACGCGUCGAAACUUUCGCAUUCAGGUAUCUCUCUUAAUGACAUCCUCCACACAGGUCCAAUACUCCAAAAUGAUCUUAUGCUCGUUCUACUCAAAUGGCGUUUGUACAAAUACGUUUUCAAUGGCGACAUUGAGAAAAUGUACCGCCAGAUAUACAUUCACCCAGAGGAUCAAGAAUUCCAAAGGAUACUUUUCCGCAGAACCCCUCAAAGUUCGGUACAAGAUUUUAAAUUAAAAAAUGUUACCUUUGGUGUCAAUUGCGCGCCAUACCUCGCGAUAAGAACGCUUCACCAACUAGCUAAAGACUCAAGCAUCAAAUACCCAAAAGCCACAGAAAUACUGUUAAAUGAAAUAUACGUUGACGAUAUACUCUCUGGGGGUCACGACCUCGACUCAGCACUUACGUCAAUGACCCAGGUAACUGGUGCGUUAAAAUCAGCAGGUUUUCCAUUAAAAAAAAUGACUGCGAACCACAAAUAUCUACUCAAAAAUAUACCUAAACCAGACCUCUUAGAAACAAACUUUCUUGAAUUCCAUGAUUCCAGUUCAACAAAAACUCUCGGCGUAACAUGGAAUGCACUCAACGAUGAAUUCUCAUACUCUAUUGACCCCCUGCCAGACUCCACAGCAGCCACUAAAAGACAGAUUUUGUCCUCCGUGGCGAAACUUUUCGACCCGGCAGGGUGGCUAUCGCCAAUGAUGAUCCAGGCGAAAAUCUUACUCCAACCACUCUGGAUGGAAGGUACCGAUUGGGACGAGAACGUCAAACCCGGAGCGCUUCGCAAGUGGACUUCAUUUCGAGAAAACCUCAUAGCCAUCAGCGAAAUACGGAUACCGCGAUGGGUUCAGUUUUCCCCUAAUAAAACCAUUCAGCUCCAUGGAUUCUCAGACGCAUCCGAAAAAGCAUUCUGCGCAUGCGUUUAUCUCCGAGUGGAACACUGUGAAAACUCGGCAUCAUCUCAUUUGCUCGUAGCAAAAAGUAAAGUCGCACCCCUCCAAACAGUGAGUCUGCCUCGCUUGGAACUGUGUGGAGCGGUCCUUCUCUCCAAACUUGUGAAGCAUAUUCGAUCCCAACUUAAUCUGCCGACCCAUGAGCUCAUACUCUGGUCAGACUCCUCUAUCGUGCUGGCCUGGCUAGAAAAACCACCAUGGACAUGGAAGACAUAUGUGGCGAACCGAACUUCCCUCAUCUUGCAGAAUGUCAAUAACGCCACAUGGAGACACGUAUCGAGCUUAGACAAUCCCGCAGAUUUAGGCACUCGAGGAUGCAAGCCACAAGAUCUAGCGUCAUGUUCCCUAUGGUGGAAUGUCCCUCAGUGGCUCACCAAACCCUCAGCGAGCUGGCCAAAGAAUGCGCCUCAAACGCUCUUUCCCCCUGAACAAAAAUCUGUGGAAUCUUAUCACACAAUAGAGAACGAAGACCCUCUCACUCGAUUCUCGUCAUUUCCUCGCGCCCUUAGGGUAAUCGCUUACGUGUAUCGGUUCAUCCGCAGCGCACGAAAGGAACCAAUACCCACGACGCACACACUCACCCAGGACGAAAUCAGUUACGUCAAAACCCGGCUCAUCAUAUGCGCCCAACACAAUCAUUACGCAGAGGCGGUCGCACAACUGGAAGCCGCGAAACCGAUUUUCUCCACACAACUCUACUCCACGCGGGAAAACAGCUCAUGGUCCGGAUGGUACAACAAGA